AUGGAGCAGUACCAAAGAGAAACUCAGAAACUUCCUGAGAGGUCAAAGUUUGGAGAUGACUUUGCAGCCUCGAGUCUCGUUCCAAAUCAGAGCAAAUGGUCGAGACAGACAAAAGGAGCAUCUACAAGUACAAGCUCGCAUAAGAAGCGAAAGAGUCACGAGGCAAGCAGCAGUGACGACGAGCUACUGCUCAAGCCGGAAACGAGUGUGCCUAACAAGAACUCGCGGUUGGGUAAAGCGACGACUAGAGCACCGCCAACGUCUCGAAAGGUCUCAUCAACUCCGGGAACUGAUGAGGGUCCGUCAAAGUCAUCGACUCUUGGUCAAAUAAAAGGCAAGAAACAGCCGAAGAUGUCCGUUCCAAGUCAAUCAACCGACACCACAUCCCAUAAACUUAUGAGCUCUAAGCAGCCCGUCAGAAGUAAAACCAAGUCGAAAAAGACAGAGACUCUGGCGCAGGCUGCCAGGGAGCCCUCUCCAUCAGGCAGCGACCGUGACCAGACUUUUGACGGCCCGCGACCAUUUCCAAUGGAUCUCGACUCUAUUGGUGGACCCAGUUGUGCAACUCGAUCUGUUGCUUCGAGGUCAUCCUCGGUUAUGAGUGCCCGUUCCAGUGUUUCUGCCGCAAGCCGCUCUCGACGAAGUUCCUCAGCCUCGGGGACUGACGAAGGGGACAUAACGUUCACUCAGUACAUUACUCGACCCAAGAUAGAUCCAGAGAAGCUCUGUCCGUUUUGCGACGAACAACUCCCAGAGAAGCCGUCUUCAAAGCUUCUAAGGAUGCUUCAGAAACUACGAGGCACUUCAGAGCCCGAUCCACGGAUGGGUAACAAAUUGGGACUAAAGGCAGAUAUGGACGACUUUACUCCAUUCUGUUCCCGACACGAAGCGGAGUCCCGAGAGUUUCCCAGAGGAAGAAGAAAAGGUUGGCCGGUGGAAUUGGACGUCGAUGACCUCACAAAACGGACACUCAGGCUUGAGCGCAAGCUACAAGCGAUCAUAGAUGAUCCCACCAAGGGCACAUUUCUCCUUCCGCUCCGGAAAGCAGACAAGAACUUUGGGAAGGGUGCGGUCUCUGGUGCCAGAGCGCAGUGGCUUAAUUUUGAAAAUACCUCGGCGGGGUACUAUGGCGAGCAAGGGUUCUCGAUCAUUAUGCAUAUUCUACUGGACCUCUUUCCGGAGAUUUCUCCUAGCAGCAUGGCCCCAUUGAAUCAAUCGGAUUAUUUUGCUAUUGUGCUUGUUCCCGAGAUGGCACUACUUCUCAUCCAGCAAGACCUACAGGCCAAGUCAAAAUAUACAGAUGACUCUGUGUCUCGAGCACGCGCGCUAGAAGUCCUCCGCGAAAGCCGGCGAUAUGGCGAGGCAAUGUUUCCAGUGGAGGAAGACUUGGAUGGCAACAUUGCAGACGAUGUAGCACGUAGACGAGCCACCAAGAUCCGACGGCAAAACGAUGAACCAAAGACCAGGGGUCAAAUAGUUGACCUUUCUGACAGCGAUGAUGACCCAGAGGUGAGAACUCCGACGAAGAAAUCGUCGGAAACCCGGGCAGCUGCGUCUUCUCAAUCCUCAAAAUCCCGUCAGGGCUCGGCAGAGAGUGGGGAAAGGGAAUCAGGACAGAAGAAGAAGAGAACGAUUAAGUUCCAAACUCAACAAGAGGCAUUCCCUUCGUUUGUUAAUGGCGAGGAGACAAAGAAACAGAUAUCGAAUGCCUGGCUAUGGACCCCCUAG